GAAAAUAACAAAAAUCAAACCGCAGUUUGUCUCUUUUGUGAAUUCAACGUGUCUCUGACGCCUCGCCGCCACAGUCCCCUAGCCUAGCCAGCACGUAGCGCCUCCGCCGCAGCACGCAACAGUACGCCAGACGCGGACGCGAGUACCCCAGCGCUCUCCCCGCCUCCGCCCGGAGCCGGAGUCUUCCGUACCGACCCCCUCUCAGCUGCUGUUCGUUCGGCCGACGUCGUUACUCCUUCAGCUUGCUAGGGCACCGACCCGUAGCAACCCAAAAUUCCCAAAUUGCAAAAUAGAACUUAAAAACCCUUCCAAUAAUUUGCAACCCACUGUCGCUCAUCUUCCCUCCGUCUUCUGCAGUCGAACGAUAAGUAUGGGAUUCUUCGACCGAGGAGUAAUUAGUGAUAAGUGGUCCUCUAGGAUCCUUUGGCUCUCUGCGUUCGGAAGUGCAGUAGGCCUUUACAUGGUGAUGGUCGAACGGCAGCUGCAAAAUAGAGAAAGACAGAUGGCCGAAGCAUUGAGGGCUGCUGAAUCAGGUACACAGGAUGGGAACUAAAUCGGAAUUUUUGUGUAGGAAAUUCCCAAAUCAUCCUUUCGCAUUCUAUGCUUUCCGAAUUUUGGAUGUCAUGUAUUCAAGCUAAUAAAACUCUUGCCAUUAUUUGGCCUUGAGACAUAAGUCUGCUGGUUGAUAUUUUGAGCGACUUGUAUCAUUUUCUGAGUUGAGGGUUUAUGAGCAGUGUUUUGCAGAAACAAAGGUUUAUUAUGACCAAAUUCUUCAUCUUGAAUUCAAAA